AUGCCUUCAGCAUACCCCAAGCCCAUUCUGCCCCCAUCUCUUAUCGCCGUCACUGGAGCCAAUGGCUUCAUAGCCCAACACUGUAUUGCUCUCCUACUGUGUGAAGGAUACAAGGUCUUGGGCACCGUCAGGUCUCAGACUAAAGUUGAGCAAGUCCUCGAUUUACAUGGCCGAGAUCCCAAUCUGUCGGUCAGAGUCGUCGAAGACAUUACUUCUGUGGACUCAUACAUCUCAGCCUUUGGCUCCAUUCGACCCGAUGCCAUCCUACAUCUCGCUGCUCCCUUUCACUAUGACACAACAGAUCUGGAGAAAGACCUUAUGAUCCCUGCUGUCAAGGGAUCAACUGCCAUCCUCAACGCAGCGAAUCAGCUGGGCGACGUCAAACGCAUUGUGCAUACAAACUCCUUCGCAGGCAUUUACGAUGCCUCAAAAGGACUGCAACCGGGAAAGAUUUACACGGCGAAAGAUUGGUCUCCACUGACGUACGAGGAUGGCGUGAAUGCACCAGCUGCAGCAGUUGCAUACCGCGCCAGCAAGACUGUUGCUGAAAAGGUGGCGUGGAAAUGGAUGGAAGAGAACCAAUCUGCACAUUUUGAUCUUGUAAGCUUGAACCCGGCUAUGGUGUUUGGACCGUUUCUACAGGGCGCUGUGCCCAAGUCAUCAGAACAUCUCAACACUUCCAACCAAAUCGUUUAUGGCAUCGUUUCAGCUGGAGAAGACGGUGAGAUACCCGCUACUAAGGGCCCAGUCUGGGUUAGCGUGAAGGACGUUGCCCUCGCACAUCUCAGAGCUAUUCAGGUUCCUGAAGCUAGUGGUGAAAGAUAUCUUCUUGCGGCGGGAGUGUACUGUAAUCAGGAGAUCGCUGAUGUUGCAAGAGAGGUUGCCGGGAAGAAUAAGAAUAAGGUCCCCAAAGGUACACCGGGGUCAAGGGAGGCUUCUACACAUUUUGGUGUUGAUGCAAGUGAAACUGAGAAGGCAUUGGGAAUCAAGUGGCAGAGCUUAGAUGACAUGCUGUCGGGUUUGCUGCCGCAGUUAUUUGAGGUACAGACGAGGGAUGAGUAG